GUUCCCCUCUACAUUUAUAAGGACUGCUCACCCUUACCACACUACUCUCCUCUAUUCAAUUUCCCCCAUAUUCAUAAAACAGUCAUAGCACAAUGUUCCCAACACUUAGAACAAUCAAGGCACCAAUCACGCAAACAAACAGACUGAACUUUGCACGUCUCCUAUCCAUAAAGGCAUUGACUACUCCUAAUGAGAACGCGCUCAAGUUCCAAGUUGAUAGACAGAUCCUUGACGAUCCAAACUCUUCUUACCAGAUCAACGUGCUUAACCAGGCACAAAGUCCGUUGGCAGCAAAGAUCUUUGAAUACUCCUCUGAUGUUGAUAACGUGCUCAUUGGAAGCAACUUCAUCACAGUGAACAAGAACGAAUUUGCACACUGGAACCAGGUCAAGCCGGUGGUUGAAUCAAUUUUGGAGUCCCAUCUGACUAAGAAGGAGCCAAUCAUUGAUCUGAAACAAGUUGAAAGAUUCCAAACGGGAGCAUUGCCUGAGGAUGCACGUGGAUUCCUCACAGAGGAGGAGCAGGAGAUCAGCGAGGAAGUUGCAGAGCUCAUUGAAACAAGAAUCAGACCUGCGAUUCAAGAAGAUGGUGGUGAUAUCGUAUUCUUGAGAUAUCACGAUGGUAAAGUAUACGUUCAACUCCAGGGUGCAUGUACGAGCUGCUCUUUAAGCGAUGACACCCUAAAGGCUGGAAUCCAAAGCAUGUUGAGCCACUACGUUGAAGAAGUUGAGGAAGUGAUCAACCUCGCAGAAGUCGAGUUCAACAAGUUUGAAGAGAGACUCAAAGCUCAAAGGGAGAACAGACAUUAGAUCUGAUGAGGGAUACCGACACACAUAGAUAUGGUCAUUGCAUUUAAUACUUCGGAGUUUGGCAGGGUGUACAUCAAUCCUUGCAUUGGUUUCAAUUCAUUUAUAUCGUUAAUAAUUCAUUCGGUUGGUUAAUUACAGGUAAUUGCUAUUGUUAUUCUUCCUUACCAUCUUAAUCCAUUAUCAUGGCGCUUCAGCAUCAUUACUCUUGGUUUACCGUUUGUAGUCGCCUUCCCUUAGUCGUGUUCGUACCCGUUGAUCCUCUUUGCUAACUUGACAUCGAUAUCAGAUACACCACCAAUAUCAUGCGUAGUCAAAGUGAUGCACACUUUGUUAUAUGUUGUGAGUAUUGUUGGAUGAUGCCCCCAUAGAUGGCUACGCAUUGCAACUCUGUUUAGAAAUGACCAGGUCUUCUCAAAGUCUUUCAGUUCGAAGUCUUUUGUUAUCGAGCCAUCCUUCAAGGUCCACC